UGCGCAUGCGCACAUUGCCGCCGAAGCUAGACUUGUGAGCUGUACCUGCUAGCUCUGUGCGCGAUACUUCACUAAAAAUAACACAAUUUAGCGUUUAAAUAUGUCCACGAGUGACUUUUAUUUGAGAUAUUAUGUGGGACAUAAGGGAAAGUUUGGACAUGAGUUCUUGGAGUUUGAAUUCAGACCCGACGGUAAACUCAGAUACGCAAACAACAGCAACUACAAGAAUGACGUCAUGAUCAGGAAAGAGGCAUAUGUACACAAAAGUGUGAUGGAGGAGCUGAAACGCAUCAUAGAUGACAGUGAAAUCACCAAGGAGGAUGAUGCCCUGUGGCCGCCUCCUGACCGGGUUGGCAGACAGGAGUUGGAGAUCGUCAUUGGAGACGAGCACAUUUCGUUCACAACUUCCAAAAUCGGCUCCUUGAUCGAUGUCAACCAGUCAAAGGACCCUGAAGGUCUCCGUGUGUUUUAUUAUCUGGUCCAGGAUCUGAAGUGUCUGGUCUUCAGUCUGAUCGGGCUACACUUCAAGAUCAAGCCCAUCUAGAACGCGCCGUUGGAACAUUUUGGUUACGUUAGCUGAUGUUUUUGUUCAACCACCGCUUUUGUACAUUUUGCUUUUGGUUUUUAUUUUGAAUAAACAAUAAAACUAGAAA